CAUAAAAUGAAGCUGAUAAAUGAUCUAACAGAUUAUACACGGUACCAGCCCUCCCAAAUUCCUCUUCAGAAUAAUUCUUAUUCUUUACCAAUAGACGCCGUCAUUUCUAUUGGAAACUAUAUUGAAGUGCAUGAAGAAACUCAAAGUGUGCUUUUAGAUAUCUGGUUACAGUUUAAAUGGGAUGACUUUUUAAUGACUUGGAAUAGUUCUAACUUUGGAAAUAUAAGCACUGUUAGGUUGGAUAUCGGUCAAAUUUGGCAUCCAAAGAUUAAGAUAAACUUUGGAACAGAACAAGAGAGUAUAGUAACUGAUAGCAAUACCCAAGUUCAGGUAUCUCAUGAUGGAACUGUCUUUAUCCAUAUUAUAGAUAGUACUAGUGUUCGUUGUUUUCUUGAUGUUGCCAAGUUCCCUUUUGAUAAACAAUCGUGCGAAAUAUAUAUUGUUCCACUAAAUGCUUAUAAAUCUGAAGCAUAUUUUCGGAAUGUAUCCACUGAAAUCAAAAUCAUUGGAGAAGGGCAAUGGGAUAUUCUCUCACAUGGUUAUAUACUGGGGGAACGUUCAAACAUUGCACUUUUGACGUUUGCAUUCGUUAUUGAGCGUCGCCCGAGCUAUUACGUCAGCUAUGUCAUGCUUCCGAUUAUGGCUACGUCUUUACUGAAUCCAGUAGUAUUCCUCAUACCAGCUGAUUCAGGUGAAAAGGUUUCCACGGCUGUAACAAUACUAUUGUCUUACUCGGUGUUUCUUGGUGUUAUUAGUGAGGUAUUAGCGAAAACGUCA